CUCGUUUCCCUGGUCUCGCUACCCCCAAACUCCCUCUUCGCACCCAUAACCUCCUACACCCCUUGCUCCACCCCCCAAUGGCACACCCUCCAAGUCUCCCGCACCUCGCACAUCUCUUUGGACUCGGCAUUCACCUAUCUCAAUCACUCUUGUGCGCCGUCGCUGGAGAUCGAUACGCAAAACAUGCAAGUCAGGGUGAGCAGAGACAAAGAGUUGAAGGAGGGCGAUGUGCUCAGUUUUUUCUAUCCGAGUACGGAGUGGGAGAUGGAUAGAGGGUUUAGAUGUCUUUGUGGGGAGGAGGGUUGUGUGGGUGAGGUCAAGGGGGCAAAGAACAUGCAGAGGGAAGAGCUGCAGAGGUGGUUUGUCAAUGGGUAUAUUUGGGAAUUG